AUGAGAAGGAAAAACUGACCUGGAAAGACCGUACCCCUGGCUAUCUAGUGAACUUUGCAUCUAUCUUAUUUAUGAUUUCACUGACGUUUUCCUUGGUCUUCGGUGUGAUUGUGUACCGGAUAACUACAGCGGCAGCACUUUCCAUGAGUCCCAACGAGUCAACCAAGUCUAACGUCCGAGUGACGGUGACAGCAACAGCUGUCAUCAUUAACCUUGUUGUGAUCCUUAUCCUAGAUGAGAUUUAUGGAAUGGUUGCCAAAUGGUUGACAGAAAUGGAGAUACCCAAAACAGAAAAAACCUUCGAGGAGCAUUUAAUUAUGAAAGCUUUCCUUCUGAAAUUUGUGAACUCCUAUGCACCAAUUUUUUACGUGGCAUUUUUUAAAGGAAGGUUUGUAGGCCGACCUGGACAUUAUGUGUAUGUAUUUGCUGGUUAUCGAAUGGAAGAGUGCGCUCCUGGAGGCUGCUUGAUGGAGCUUUGCAUUCAGCUGAGCAUUAUCAUGCUGGGGAAGCAGCUGAUCCAAAAUAACAUCUUUGAAAUUGGAGUUCCUAAGUUAAAAAAACUGUUCCGGAAGCUAAAGGAUGAGAGGCCUGAGGCAAAGACGAAUGAGUCUGAUCCUUCCAAGCCACCUCAGCAAUGGGAGCUGGACCACGCCUUGGAGCCUUUCACCGGGUUGACCCCAGAAUACAUGGAAAUGAUUAUACAGUUUGGAUUCGUCACGCUCUUUGUCGCUUCCUUUCCGCUGGCUCCUGUGUUUGCCCUGCUCAACAAUGUCAUUGAAGUUCGCCUGGAUGCCAAAAAGUUUGUCACUGAGCUAAGGAGGCCAGAUACAGUGAGAGCAAAAGAUAUAGGGAUUUGGUUUAACAUUCUGAGUGGCAUUGGAAAAUUUUCAGUAAUAAUUAAUGCCUUUGUCAUAUCCGUCACUUCUGAUUUCAUUCCGCGCCUUGUCUAUCAAUAUGCAUAUAGUCACAAUGGAACCAUGCAUGGCUUCAUCAAUCACACUCUCUCGUACUUCAAUGUCAGUGAUUUCAAGGCUGGAACCCAGCCAGAAGCCUCAAGUUUCGAAGAGGAUGUUUCCCUUUGCAGGUUUAAGGAUUACAGAGAACCGCCAUGGUCUGAAAACCAGUAUGAAUUUUCUAAGCAGUACUGGACUGUUUUAUCUGCCCGUUUGGCCUUUGUCAUUAUCUUUCAGAACCUGGUAAUGUUCCUCAGCGUGCUUGUUGACUGGAUGAUCCCAGACAUCCCCAAGGAUAUCAGUGAGCAGAUCAAGAAAGAAAAGAGCGUGCUGGUUGAUUUCUUCUUGAAGGAAGAGCACGAGAAACUGAAACUGAUAGAAAACUUUAUCACGCGAGACAAGCAAAGGAGCAAGAAUGAGACAAGAGGAAGGAGACUUCGAGCGGCAAGUUUCUGCCAGUUCAACCGAAGUCAACGGGGCAGCUUAACAUCCUUUAGUUCACACCACACUGAUGUAUGAUUCCUUGAGGGCUCAUCUACACCACUUAUAAUCGCUCUGUCCCCAGAGAACUGUAGUAGUGAAAGACGCUUAUGUUCUUCAGCUGAAUAUUCUCAUCAUCACUCUAGCCCGGCUACAGUUCCCAAGAUUUGGAGAGGAAUACAUGACAGCUGAGCUAGCAUGAUGCACAUAUAGGUUUGUAGUGCAAGAAAUAACAGCCAGUACGAAACAUAUCGAAUAAUAAUUUACCUAUUGUCUGGUUAGAUCUUGAGGGGGGAAGUGAUUGAGUCUAGAAUGGAUAUUGUUUUGGACAAAUAGAUUAUACUGGCUUUCAGAAGCUUCAUUUUUAAAUCUCUCUGCAGUAUUCUUAAUCAGAUGUCCUACGUGAAAACACGCUGUAUAUUUAUGUUACAAACUCAUGUAAUUUUAUACCAAUUUGCCUGCAUUGGUUCUUCUGCCCCAUCCCAAAUCUUGAGAAUUAUAGUUUGGUGAGAGUUCUAAUACCUCUCUUAGAAAUCCCCCCCCCUCCUUCACAGAACUACCUUAAGAGUACACCAGCCCAUAUUGAUGGGCCUUGUUUUGAGUGGCUGGACUGAAAGCUGCAGAACCGUAAAAACAAAAUAUUUACAGAGCACUUUGACAUUUAGUAAUGUUUCUCUCUCAUUAACAACACAGUCCUGUACCUACCAACUCAGAAGUAAGUCACAUAGAGUUUAGCAGGGCUUACCCUCAGGUAUGUGAGUAU